AAGCAAUGUAGGUCAUUAUUCUAAUUACAAGUGUUAAAUGAAGUAUUGAGAUGUACAAAUCAUCGAAAUUGACUCAUCUAUACCAUGGGGCCUUUAUAGACUUCCAUCCUUCCUACAGAAGCCUUAAAAUAGAACAAGUUGGGAGGAACUACUUUGUUUUGGGGGGAAGGGAGCGAGGGAGAGACACGCCUUUGCCAGAACAGCUGAUCAGAGCAAAACAAACCUCCACCGAAGGAAACCAGCAGCAGAAAGAAGUAGAAAAGGGGUUAUAGCCAGAGACAAAAGAGAUAGAGAGGAAGAUAUAAAUAGUCUGUUUUAAAAAACGCAUUGAGGAUAACAGUAACUAAGAGAAGACAGUAAUAAAAGAACGUCGACGAGAGGAAUCUCUCAGGAACUACUGCAGGAGGAACCACCAUGACUGAACCAGCACCUACGUCUUCUGCCUCGCCUUCCGUGGCUGAGAAGAGGUGCGAGGACACGGUGGAGGAGGAGGAAAUUGCCAUAAAGAAAAGAAGACUUGAGUCUUGCGACAGAGAUGACCCCGAAAAUAAAUUAGAAGCGCGUCUGGGAGGCAUUUUGUGUUGCGCUGUGUGCUUGGACCUCCCUCGCUCGGCCGUCUACCAGUGUUCAAAUGGACAUCUCAUGUGUGCGGGAUGCUUCACCCAUCUCCUUGCCGAUGCCCGUAUUCGGGAUGAGACAGCCACUUGCCCCAAUUGCCGAGUGGAAAUAUCACGAUCACUCGCCACCAGGAAUUUGGCGGUAGAAAAGGCUGUGUCAGAGCUCCCAGCCGAAUGUCAGUUUUGCAGUCAGAAGUACCCCCGCAACUCCCUUGACCGCCACGAGAUGGAACUGUGUGAAGAAAG